AACCCUCAGAGCCGCUCGUGUUAUUUCUGUUUUUGUUCUCUGGAUGCAGGAGAUGAACAUCUCUUAAUGAGGGAGCACUGAUGAUGUCACUCAGACUGUCUCCUCCCCUUUCUCUGUUGGUUCUGCUCAUGGUUUCAGGAGUUCUCUCCCAGCCAGGGUUGGGUGUGUCUUACACACAGAGCAACAUCUGUGCUCUAAGGGGAUCUACAUUAACCAUGGGCUGCAAUUACACAUAUCCAGAUGGUUACACAGUUCAGAAUGUUUUCUGGAGCAGAGAGCUGGUUACAGAUAAAGAGCCUCCUGAUCUGUCUUCAGACCCAAAGUACACAGGCAGGGUUCAAUACCUCGGAGACAAACGGAGUAACUGCAGUCUCAGACUGAGUGAUGUGACAGAACAGGACCGAGGCAAAUACUACUUCACACUUAUAACAAAGACAGAUGGAGGAAGGUAUCAGGGUACAGAUGGAGUUAAUCUUUCUGUCGCACAGCUUCAGGUGGAGAUGAUUCCUGUUAGUGUGGUUGAGGGAGAUGAAGUCACUCUCACGUGUAAAACCACCUGCAGCCUGACUAACACUCCAGCAUUCACCUGGCACAAAAAUCUACGUCCUUUAUUCUCAGUCAAUUCCUCUAAUCCGCUCCGUCUUCCAUCAGUCAGUCAGAUGGAUGCAGGCGAUUACAGGUGUGGUGUACAGGGACAGAGUUAUCGCUCCCCUGCUGUCACUCUUGAUGUCCAGUAUCCUCCAAAGAACGUGUCAGUGACCAUCAGUCCUUCUGGUGAGAUAGUGGAGGGCAGUUCAGUGACUCUGAGCUGCAGCAGUGAUGCUAACCCACCUGUGGAGACCUACACCUGGUAUAAGGUGAAUGAAAGCUCACCUGUAGGAUCUGGACAGAGUUACAGCUUCCCAUUGAGGUUCAGCAGCAUCAGUCAGAAUAAUGCAGGCGAUUACAGGUGUGGUGUACAGGGACAAAGUUAUCGCUCCCCUGCUGUCACUCUUGAUGUCCAGUAUCCUCCAAAGAACGUGUCAGUGUCCAUCAGUCCCUCUGGUGAGAUAGUGGAGGGCAGUUCAGUGACUCUGACCUGCAACAGUGAUGCUAACCCACCUGUGGAGUAUACCUGGUUUAAAGGAACAUCAUUUAAAAUCAAAGGAAAAACCUACACCGUUAACAAGAUCAGCUCUGAGGACAGUGGAGAUUACAAGUGCAAGUCCAGCAAUCAACACGGAGAGAAAUAUUCUGAAACAACAGUAAAUGUUUUGUAUCCCCCUAAGAAUGUCUCAGUGUCCAUCAGUCCCUCUGGUGAGAUAGUGGAGGGCAGUUCAGUGACUCUGACCUGCAGCAGUAAUGCCAACCCACCUGUGGAGUAUACCUGGUUUAAAGGAACAUCAUUUAAAAUCAAAGGAAAAACCUACACCGUUAACAAGAUCAGCUAUGAGGACAGUGGAGAUUACAAGUGCAAGUCCAGCAAUCAACACGGAGAGAAAUAUUCUGAAACAACAGUAAACGUUUUGUAUCCCCCUAAGAAUGUCUCAGUGUCCAUCAGUCCCUCUGGUGAGAUAGUGGAGGGCAGUGUAGUGACUCUGAGCUGCAGCAGUGAUGCUAACCCACCUGCUGAGACCUACAACUGGUAUAAGGUGAAUGAAAGCUCACCUGUAGGAUCUGGACAGAGUUACAGCUUCCCGUUGAGGUUCAGCAGCAGUGGAUGGUUUUACUGUGUGGCUCAGAAUAAAUUCGGGAGUCAGAGCACCGCUGCAGUGCCUCUCACUUCAAACGGGGGAAGAAGUGUAGUUCUGUACGCAAUUCUUGGAGUCACAGUUGGAUGUGGAUGUGUACUUGCCAUCCUUGGUGUUUUAUAUAUGAGGAGAAAGAGUAGGGGAGGUUCCAGUGAAGAUGCCAAGUCAAGUCAGGAAAAUACCUACAGCAGUGUGAACCUGAGUGCUGCAACCAACAAUCCAACACCUGAUCCAGAUCUGGUCAAUCAGAGUGAUGUUCAUUAUGCCAGUAUACAGCACCAUCGUGACCCCAGGAGGGCAGAACGUUCUCUAGUGCAAACUUCUGGCUCUGGGGCUGCUGAGGAGGUUCAGUAUGCUACUGUCCAGCACAAGCGUGACCAAGUGGUGGGAAAGACUCAGGAGGACGAAGAUCAGUAUUCUAAUAUCAGAUUUAAUCACACUGGUGUUGCCUACAGGUCUGCUGCUCCUGCAUUUGAAGAUUCAUCAGUGAUUUACAGCAGCUGAAGUAAACAAAAUUCCAAGGAUCUGUUCAGGAUGAAUGUCAACUGAACAUUUACCCAAUUAUGGGUAACUACAGCUAAAGAAAGAAGACAAGCAACUGGUUGGAUAUUUAAACUACA